UGUAGCGGGUGACAGCUGGGAGAGCUGCGUGCUGGUGAGAAGCCUUCAUCUCCAAAUAGGAUGAGCAGCCGCUUUGGUGCUCCGGAGCUACGAAUGGUUCGGACCGAUUCACUGACUAGUUCUGUCGGACCCGCACUUUGUUUCAGCUCACGGUUCGCUCUCACGGAUUGUUUCGAUACUUGGAUUUCCAAUGGAUAUUCCGGUGUGAAGAGGGGCGCGCUGACACGGCUGAAGUAAAGUAGUAAUCAGGAGCCAGUAGGCAGUGCAACAAUGAGGUCGGAGGCCUUGUUGCUGUAUUUCACCCUGCUGCAGAUAGCCGGGGCCGGCUUCCCAGAGGAUUCAGAGCCAAUCAGUAUUUCACAUGGCAACUAUACAAAACAGUACCCAGUGUUUGUUGGGCACAAACCAGGAAGGAACAGUACACAACGACACAAGUUGGACAUUCAGCUUAUUGUCAUAACGAACCGGACUCUUUACGUAGCUGCAAGGGAUCAUGUAUAUACCAUUGACAUUGAAACAGCCAAUACGGAAGAGAUCUUUUUCAGCAAGAAACUGACAUGGAAGUCCAGGCAAGCUGACGUGGAUACUUGUAGAAUGAAAGGGAAGCAUAAGGAUGAAUGCCACAAUUUCAUCAAGGUUCUUCUCCAGCAAAACGAUGACACCCUGUUUGUAUGCGGAACAAAUGCUUUCAACCCUUCCUGUCGAACUUACAAGACAGACACCCUGGAUGCCCUUGGGGAGGAGAUUAGUGGAAUGGCCCGAUGCCCGUAUGAUGCCAAGCAUGCCAAUGUUGCCUUGUUUGCUGAUGGAAAGUUGUACUCUGCCACGGUCACUGACUUUCUGGCCAUCGACGCUGUCAUUUAUCGCAGCCUAGGAGACAGCCCAACCCUACGCACAGUCAAACAUGAUUCAAAGUGGCUAAAAGAGCCCUAUUUUGUCCAGGCAGUGGAUUAUGGUGACUUCAUUUACUUUUUCUUUCGGGAAAUCGCUAUGGAAUACAACAGCAUGGGAAAGGUGGUGUUCCCACGAGUGGCACGAGUAUGUAAGAAUGAUCGUGGUGGCUCGCAGCGCGUGCUGGAGAAGCAGUGGACAUCUUUCCUAAAGGCCCGGCUCAAUUGCUCCAUCCCUGGAGACUCGCACUUCUACUUCAACAUCCUGCAGGCCGUCACUGACGUCAUCCACAUUAAUGGACGAGAUGUUGUCAUGGCAACCUUCUCCACGCCAUUCAACAGUAUUCCAGGCUCAGCCGUCUGCGCCUACGACAUGGCAGACAUUGCUACAGCCUUCACAGGCCGCUUCAAAGAACAGAAGUCCCCUGAUUCCACCUGGACCCCUGUGCCUGAGGACAAGGUGCCUAAGCCAAGGCCAGGCUGCUGUGCUGGGUCACCGUCAGUGGAGAAGUACAAAGUGUCCAAUGAAUUCCCUGAUGACACACUGAACUUCAUCAAGAUGCACCCUCUGAUGGACGAGGCAGUGCCCUCCAUCGCCAACCGCCCUUGGUUUCUCAAGACAAUGGUUCGAUAUCGGCUCACGCGUAUAGCGGUGGAUAACGCCGCCGGGCCUUAUCGCAACCACACUGUCGUUUUCCUGGGCUCGGACAGGGGCAUCAUCCUCAAGUUUCUGGCGAAAAUGAGCAGCGGCUUCCUCAAUGACAGCCUCUUCCUGGAGGAGCUGAGCAUCUACAACCCUGAGAAGUGCAGCAUCGACGGCAUAGACGAUAAGCGCAUUAUCAGCAUGCAAAUCGACAGCAAGAGCCAAUCUCUCUUUGUGGCAUUCACAUCCUGUGUGGUCAAGGUUCCACUGUCACGGUGUGAGCGACAUGGGAAGUGCAAAAAGUCCUGCAUUGCCUCCAGGGACCCGUACUGCGGCUGGGUAUUGGAGGGAGCCUGCAGAGAAGUCGUCUCCAGCACAAAAUGGUCAUUCGAGCAGGACGUGGAGCAGGGCAACACAGAUGGACUGGGAGACUGCCAAAACUCCUUUGUGGCUUUAAAUGCAGGCCGCUCCUCCUCCACCUUUCUCAGCACUGCCCAGCCCCCCGCCAGUGGGCCAUUGGGACAGGGCCGCAUGGUCGAGCCCAAGGAGUCGCCCCUGCCCACCGAUAAGAGGGACCCUUAUAUCGCAGUGCCCUCUCUAACCCAGCAGGAGUCCACUGGAGUGAUUCGCGAAAGCUUCCAGAAAGGUCGGGAUCAAAUGGUCCCCAUCACUCUACUGGCUGUCGCUGUGAUCCUGGCCUUUGUCAUGGGUGCUGUCUUCUCAGGCAUCAUUGUAUACUGCGUGUGCGACCACCACCGGCGGCGGGACUUUGAACUCACUGGACGCAAAGACAAGGACUCUGUCAACUCCAGGCGUGGCUCUAUGAACAGCGUCACCAAGCUGACUGGCCUGUUUGAGACGCAGGCCAAGGAUGGCCGUCCCGAGGCCAUCCUUGCACCACUGAUGCACAACGGCCGUUUGACCAACAGCAAGACACUCAUCAAGGCCGAGCAGCACCAUCUGGACCUGGCCGCUCUACCCACUCCAGAGUCCACCCCUAUGCAGCCACGCCGCAAACCAAGCCGGGGGAGCCGUGAGUGGGAGCGGAACCAGAACCUGAUCAACGCCUGCGCCAAAGACCUAGCCUCCAUGGGUUCACCGGUCAUCCCAACUGACCUGCCGCUGAGGGCCUCACCAGGCCACAUCCCAAGUGUGGUGGUGCUGCCUUUACCUCAGCACCAGCAUCAGCAGGCCUACCAGCACGAGUAUGUGGAACAGCCACACUUGCCUGAAGACCAGGCCGCCACUCUGGAGUACAAAGCCAUCAAAAGUCCUUGUCACAGCCUUGCCAUGUCAGAUGGUGAUGGGAUACCGCCUCGAGUUCCACAGCGGGAGGCCUCUCUGGCUGCUGUAGUGCCGCCAGCAGUUCCACAAAUGGGCAAAAGGCUUGACCUUUACGGGCGCGGCUACCCCGCAGGCUCCAGCAAGCAGAAGAAGCAGCACAACACUAACUCCUCCAACUCCUCCCAUCUGUCAAGGAACCACAGCUUUGGCCGGGCCGAAACUCCGCCACCAGCCCCCCAGAGGGUGGACUCCAUGCAUCUUGCAUCCCCUCCACCUGUGGGCCUCUCUCGACACUCCAGCCUGAGCUCCUACGGCUCCCUGCCUCGCUGCGGUGGCUCCAGGCACCUCAAACCUGACGUCCCACCUAAACCCUCACAGGUCACCCUCUCUGCAAAAGUCAAGUCCAGUGACUCAUGCACAUAAAUCAGUGUAAGGGUAAAAGGGGGAUACACAAAGUGCAUCUGCGUUGUACAGCUGUGUACAGGAAAUGCAACUCACUGUUUUUUUUAAGAAAACAAACAAAAAAACAACGUUUUUCAUAUAUAUAUAUAUAUGUACGUGUCAAGCUCAGGCUGUUGACUUCCGGCUCCCCGGACGGUGAGAGAUGGAACACCUGCUACUGAAAAGAGAAGGAAUCUCUCUUAAAUCUUUCAUCGCUGAGCCGCAUGGUGCUCCAUAGCGUGUUUUUUAUUUCAAGAUGACAGUAUGUCAGGCUGAGGACACGGCCACGUCGCAACUGAUGUUUUGUUUUCUUAAUGGACUGCCAAAAGCACAUCACAGAGAGGAGUGUAAUUGUAUAGUUCUGAAGCUGGGAUAUGGCCCAGUUCAAAAGCACUAGGACGCAGCAAGCUCAGACUGGAACAACAGCUGGUUUACAAUGGAAAACUGUGAAAUAAGAAUAAGAAAAAAAAAAAAGAUUCUCAAUGCCUCUCAGUGUUGCAGCUACUGGACACAGCAAUCAUGUUCUGCCUUUAGCGAGGUCUGAAAAAUCGUCUACUGUAACUGGUGACUGAUUAAUCCGUGACUGUUAGUACUAAUAGCUGGUUGUAUUUAUUUUUUAAUAAAGUGCUUUCAAAGAAA